AUGACACAGCUCACCCAAUGCUACUUUUUCGACAGGGAAGAGUAUACUCAGGUCACAACCAUCCGAUUUUCCAAGAGCACAGGAUCUCCAGGGCCAUCACUAACAUGUGAUGAGCCGUUGCUCAUAUCUUGGACCAAUGACAGGCUUGCGAGAGGGAGCUGUCGCGAACGGGGUCAGUUAUUUAAUCCUAAUUAUAGAUUAUGCAUUCAUCGAUCUUUAAGCAUCUUCAUUGUAUGA